UUUCUCCCGAGACGAUUGAUCCUUUAGAUAAAAUACAGGUGAAUGAUAAUUGGAGAUUUAUAGUAGAUAGAAAUUGAAUUAGUAAAGUUCAAAAUCAAAUACUACUUGAAGCAAAAACCAAAAUCAUAGUAUUCUGAACCAUAAAUAAAUCUCACUCAACUUCAAUUUCUCCCAAAUCUCUCAUCUAAACCUCGAUUAAAGCAAAAACUAGACAUGACGAAAGGGGUGGGGGGAAUAACAAAGGCAGUUAUAGGAGACGCCCUUAUGUCAUUCGGAUGGAUGUUUACAGCGUCGGCACUUGGCGCAGCAACGUCAGUUGUGGCGGCGGCUUUAGGCGUGGAGACUGAAAACAAAAUGAUCCAUGUUGUGUUCACUGCGAUCAUAAUGGUUCACAUACUUAUUUGCGAUGCUUUAGCAGUGAUGCUUGGUGGCGCUAGCUUUAAUCCUACCGCUAACGCCGCCAUGUAUGCCGCCGGUAUUGGUGGCGAUACUAUCUUUUCCAUGGCACUUCGCUUUCCUGCCCAGGCUGCUGGAGCUGUAGCCGGUGCUUUGGCAAUCUCCGAAGUGAUGCCAAGUCAGUACAAACACAUGUUGGGGGGACCUUCUAUUAAAGUGGACUUGCAUACUGCAGCCGUGGCAGAAGGGGUGUUGACGUUUCUUAUAACCUUCAUUGUCCUCAUCAUCAUCCUCAAGGUUCCAGGUGGCAUGUUGGUAAAGACAUGGCUGCUUGCUAUGGCUACUGUCACUAUGGUUGUUACCGGUUCCAGUUAUACUGGGCCUUCAAUGAAUCCCGCCAAUGCCUUUGGAUGGGCAUACAUGAGAAAUCAGCAUAAUACAUGGGACCAGUUUUAUGUUUACUGGAUAUGCCCUUUUAUUGGUGCAAUUGCGGCUGCUUGGUUGUUCCGAGUCAUCUACCCUCAGCCUAAAAAGCAGAAGAAAGCUCCAAAGAACAGGAAAGCAGACUAGUUUGGUUUCAGAUUUGUACCAAGGAAAUUGGCUGUUUAUAGAUUAAUGUGGUUCUUUUACCAAUUUCUUAUGUUUCAUUUUCUUCAAAAGUAAUUUGAACUUCCGAAAUUAUGAAUGUUCAUAGGGGGGGUCUGGUAAAAUGCUAGAAAUGGAAGUGUUUCAUUAGAUUCCAA